AGCAGCGACUCACAGCACUGACUGUUACCGGGAUGAACACCGAGGAGACAAACGUGGAUGCACCGAGCAGAGAGGAUCCUGGACCAGAGGACCGGGACCUGGACCAGGACCCGGCUCCGGCUCCGGCUCCGCUCCCUGCGGAUGCUGAUGCGACGGAGGCCGAUGUGAGCGAGGCGGACCUGGACCAGGAGGAGCAGGAGAAGCAGCCGAUGACCGGGGGAGGAGAGCGGGCCGCAGAGGCUCCUGCAGCCGGCGGAGAGGCGGAGAAGAACGGAUCCGUGAAGCUGAAGAUCCCGGAGGAGAAGGAGGAUGAUGAUGAGGAGGAGGUGAAAUUCACCGGGCUGAGCAAAGAGGAGCUGCUGAGGGUGGCAGGCACCCCGGGAUGGGUGCGGACCCGCUGGGCCCUGCUGGUGGUCUUCUGGCUGGGCUGGUUGGGGAUGCUUAUUGGCUCGGUCCUCAUCAUCCUGCAUGCCCCACGCUGCAGAGAGCUCCCCUCCACCCGCUGGUGGAACCACGGAGCGCUGUACCAGGUGGGAGACGUCCGGGCCUUCAGCGACACACACAACCUGAGGGGUGUGGAGCAGAAGCUGGAGCUGCUGGCUCAGCUGAAGGUCUCGGGUCUGGUGGUGGGUCCGGUCCACGAGGCCCCUGCCGACGAUGCCCUCGGCCUGAGGUUCGAGGAGGUCUCGUCAGAGGCCGGAUCCCUGGAGCAGUUCAAGAGUCUGAUCCAGGCCGCACACAAGAGGGGUAUCUCAGUGGUUCUGGAUCUGACUCCAAACUACCGGGGAUCAUCUGGACCCUGGUUCUCCAGCAGCAGCGUCACCAACGUGGCCGAGAGGCUGAAGUCUGCUCUGGUCUUCUGGCUCAGUGAAGGUGUGGAUGGCGUGCAGUUGUCAGGGCCGGAGCUUGUCUCCAAGGAGGCACCGUCCCUGUGGGCGGACAUCAGAGCCAUCGUUCAGAAUGGGACGGAGGGGCGUCCGGGCAGGCUGCUGAUUGGCGUCACCGAGCAGUCCUCGGCCGAAGACGUCUCUGACCUCCUCUCCUCCACCGGCGUCGACCUGCUGAUCUCCCGGGUGCUCCUCUCCCCCGAGGCGGACGCCUUGGAGCGCGCUCAGUCCGUGCAGCAGCUGUACUCGAAUCACAGUCAGCUGAAUCUGGCCUGGAGCCUGGGUGGCCGGGCCAAGGGGCACCUGGCCACCCUAGGGGGUCCGGCCCUGGUCCGGCUGUACCAGCUGCUGCUGCUCACACUGCCGGGAACUCCGGUGUUCAACUAUGGAGACGAGAUCGGGCUCAUGGAUGAGGAGAACAAGUUUCCCAUGAUGCUUUGGGAUUGGGAUGAUCAGCUGAAUGAAACUCUGCAGGAGGAGCGCGCCGAGCAAGCGUCCUGUCGCAAGUUCUUCCGCAGCCUGAGCGAGCUGCGUGUGAAGGAGCGCUCGCUGAUGUUCGGAGACUACCUGCUCCUCUCUAACUCCUCCUCCUCGCUGGCGUACUUGCGCUCGUGGGAUCAGAGCACCCGUUUCCUCGCCGCCUUCAACUGGGCGCCGGACACCGCCGUGCUGCAGCUGAGCGACCCGGCGCUGCCCCUGCAGGCCGUGGUGGUCCUCAGUACCAACAGCAGCGCGCUGCCGGUCCAGAGCAGCGUGGCCCUGAGGAAGCUGCGGCUCGGCCCCGGGCAGGCCGCGCUCUUCAGCUUUCCCUACAGUGGCUAAGGGGCCAUCACAGCUUCAGCGUCUGAUAAUCCCUACAAGUACAUCUAAAAAAAUAAAGAUAUGAUGAAAAAUAUCAAUAUCUCAUCAAAUGAAAUUGAAAUAUUAUAUGGAUUCAUUAUAUAUAGAAUGAAUAUUUCAAUAUAUAUAUAUUUUUUUUUAUUGAAAUUUGAUUAAUUGUGGUUCAGACAAUGAAAUCACAAAAUCCACUGUCUCAUAAAUUUAGAACAUUACAUAAAACUUUCUGUUACAAUAGUUGGAUACAGCAGUCUGUGAACAACCAGCUUCUUUCACAGUGACCUUUAGUGGCUUCCUCUCCUUAUGUCAGAGACUGCCUUCUGGACGUCUGUCAAGUCAGCAGUCUUCCCCAUGAUUGCAGCCUUCAGACCAUCCAUCAUGCCAUCCAUCUAUUAUCUAUGCUGUAUUUAUUAGCUGUUUACAGUGUGACACUGUGACUUUC